AUGGGUUUGUCGCUGAGCAUCCUCACUGAGGCGACGUCUCACUAUGAUCAGGUUUCCUCCAAAAGAUGGAUUUCCUUCUUUCUAAGGAGUCACGAAGCUUUCGAUUGAUAAAGGAACUGUCUGAGCUGAAUGACUUCCUGAUUCAAAAGCCGAGUGGUUGAGGAAAAGCACGCGCCGGUGUCGUACUGCAAGAUGAACCAGUUCGCCUACCUGGACGUCGGCUUCGACCGUGGCGUUCCUCUUGGUCGCGUCGUCGUCGAACUUGACGAAAAUCUCGGAUUCUCUCUCGUCAAGAUAUUUCUGCAGUUGGCACGUGGAGAUUACGUUCGUCCGUCAACUGGUUAAAUCACUAUUUCUGUUUAAAAACUCUUCUACUCAGCUUUAGGCCAAAGAAUCGGUUUCAAAAAUUCACCAUUGCACUUUAUUUCUCUCAACGGCAUCAUCAUGUGCGGAGAUGUGCAGGUUGUCAUAUUUUUAGGUUUUUUGAACAUUUUCAUUAGUUUGAAAAUGGAUGCGGCGGCUUUGCGCCUGUUGACGAAGGUGUCUGGAUCGAGAAGAGAACAAAUAAAAGCAAAAAGACGUGAGAUUUUCACUUUCGCUCCAUCUCCAAAAUAAGAAAUGAAGGAAAGGAGCAGUGGUGAUGCUUCCGCUCGACACGAAUCCCCACGCUUUCACUUCAAUUUUCUACAUUUGCACUGAUAUCGCGCUGUUGGAAACAGUUGAAGACGGAGUCGUUAUCGGACACGUUAUUGAAGGUUGACCUUAACAGCGGAACUGACUCUUUCGACGUCUUCAGGAAUGGAUAUUCUGACCGACGUUGUUGAAGAGUACGGCUCGCGUUCUGGAACUCCCAAAAAACGACUCAUAAUUCAGGACAGCGGCCACAUUUAA